UCUCGCGCGCAGUCAACGGAGCGCGCGCGUAACGGACACGGACUCCGGAGCUGCUGAAAGAGAGAGAGAGAGAGCGCUUUAUUCACUUUUACACCGCGGGGGUUCCCUGUGUCGGCACUUUAUCACUGAGAGAAAUAGGUGACCCCGGACUUUUGAGCCAGGCACUCAGGACUAUGAGGGUGGCAGCAACCUGCAUCAUACAGAGCUGUAACCUGGGCAGAUAGGACCAACGAAGGAAGGAAGACAAAAUGAGGACUUUGACGGUGUUUCUGUUAUGGGUCUGGGUGGCGCACUGCGCGGACGCCAUGGUGCUUUUAAGGGGAAAGGAUGCGUCCCAGCGGGAGAGGAACAUGGAGGCUCUGAAGCGCUCCAAGAGAGGAUGGAUGUGGAAGCAGUUCUUCCUGCAGGAGGAAUACACCGGUACCGAUCAUCAGUACAUCGGCAAGCUUCACUCCGAUAUGGAUCGAGGAGACGGCGCGGUGAUGUACGUCCUGACGGGCGAAGGAGCCGGGACCAUCUUCGUGAUAGACCCGGACUCGGGCGAUCUGCACGCCACGCGGAGCCUGGACCGAGAGGAGAAGCCGUCCUACACACUCCGGGCUCAGGCCGUCAACAAGAAGAACGGCCACCCUUUAGAACCCGAGACAGAGUUCAUCGUCAAACUCCACGACAUCAACGACAACGAGCCCAAGUUCGAGAAGGAGGUUUACACGGCCACCGUCCCAGAGAGGUCACACAUCGGAACUUCGGUUAUUCAGGUGACGGCCCACGACGCAGACGACGAGAUGUUCGGCAUGAGCGCCAAACUGGUCUACAGCAUCAGUCAGGGACACCCGUACUUCUCCGUCGAGUCAAACACAGGCAUAAUCCGGACGGCCUUAGGGCCCUCAGACAUGGACAGAGAGCAGAGGGAGCAUUACCAGGUAGUGAUCGAAGCCAAGGACAUGGCGGGCCAGAGAGGCGGCUUAAUGGGCUCCACUAUAGUCAACAUCACACUGACUGAUGUGAACGACAAUCCUCCUCAGUUUGAACACAAUCUGUAUGAGUUCAGCGUUCCCGAGCUGAGCGAGCCCGGCACCGAGGUCGGUCAGGUCCGAGCGUUAGACGCCGACAUCGGAGUGAACGCAGAGAUGGAUUACACACUGGUGGGCGGAGACGGCCGGGAUGUUUUUUACAUAACGGCUGACAAAGUUUCACAGAACGGCAUCAUCAGCGUCAGAAAGCCUCUCGAUUACGAGAAAAAGAACCAGUACACGCUGCAGGUGCAAGUUCGCAACACCUACCCGGACCCGCGAUACGUCAGCGUGGACGCCAAGGACAUGACCACGGUGAAAAUAAACGUGGUCGACGUGGACGAGCCUCCGAGAUUUGAGCGUCCCAGUUACGUGAUGGAGGUGAAGGAGGAUGCGGCUUUGGGCACUAUCAUCGGGUCGGUCAGCGCCGUGGAUCAGGACGCGCGCCGCAGCCCGGUCAAGUACACAAUUGAUCGGCACACGGACGUGGACCGGAUGUUUAACGUGCACGCCGGGAACGGCUCCAUAUUCCUGCAGAAGCCCCUUGACCGAGAAGACCUCGCAUGGCACAACAUUUCAGUGAUCGCAACCGAGUUCAAUAACCCCCAGCAGACGAGUCGAGUGCCCGUGUACAUCCGUGUUCUGGAUGUGAACGAUAACCCGCCGAUGCUCGGGUCCUUCCUCGACACCUUUGUGUGUGAAAACGCUAAAUCCGGUCAGAAAAUCCAAACCAUAACGGCAGUGGAUCGGGACGAGCCCUUGGAAGGCCACAGCUUCUCCUUUGCGCUGGCAUCGGAGAGCUCGGUGAAGGCCAACUUCUCAGUGCAAGACUACGGAGACAACACCGCAGGCCUUUAUACACGGAGGACGGGUUUCCGGCAAGUGCAGCAAAGCGCGUACCUGGUCGCCGUCGUAAUCUCGGACCGCGGUUUCCCCGUCAUGAGCAGCACAGGUACGCUGACGGUGCGCGUCUGUACCUGCGACCGAAACGGAAACAUGGAGAUGUGCAACGCCGAGGCGCUGAGCGGCACGGCCGGGCUCAGCACCGGAGCGCUGGUGGCUAUUCUGCUCUGCGUCAUCAUCCUGCUCCUGAUCGUUGUUCUAUUUGCCGCCCUGAAGCGGCAGAAAAAGAAGGAACCGCUGAUCAUUUCCAAAGAGGACGUCAGGGACAACGUGGUGAGCUACAACGAUGAAGGCGGCGGUGAAGAGGACACGCAAGCAUUCGACAUCGGGGCCCUGCGCCACCCAGAGGCCAUGGAGGAAAGCAGCAAACUGAGACGCGACGUCGUGCCGUCCGAGCCCCCCUACCCUCCGCCUCCCAUGCGCCGGACGGCCGUGACAUCCCGAGACAACUCGGACGUGAGGAACUUCAUCAGUCAGCGCGUCCAGGAGCACGACAGCAGCCCCGCGGCACCGCCUUAUGACUCCCUGGCCACCUACGCCUACGAGGGCGAGGGCUCGGUCGCCGAAUCGCUCAGCUCGCUCGGCUCGGGAUCGUCUGAAUCACCGCACGACUACAGCUACCUGAACGAGUGGGGGCCGCGCUUCAGGAAGCUCGCCGACAUGUACGGGGCCGACGAAUGGGACUCCUAACCUUGCCUCGCCUCGGCUUCCCGUAAAGUGGAAUCCUUGAUCAAGUCUUGUAUUUCUCGCAAAAAGUGGAAUUCUUACAAAGUGCCCUUGUUUUUCGCCCCAAUUCGGUCCAGCAGACAGACAGACAGAGAGAGAGACAGGAAGACGUCUCGAAGGCUUUAAACCACGGAGUCGUAGCGUAACCCGACGACUUUUCCGCAGCUCGCUCGAAACGUCACAGCUGAGGCGUAUCUUCCCGGAUAAAACGACAGGAAAUCGUAAUGACUUUACCAAAUAAGGAAGUGCUACGGAAUUACCGUGGAAUUCAGUAUUCCUGAGAAACGCCUCGCUCAGCGUGAACGGAAAGUCAAAAGGUUUACGAAGGACCAGACUUUUUAACGAAGCGUCUGUGAAAACGUGAAGCAGCCAAAGCUACGUUAGUUAGCAGGCGUUAACGAACCCGGAGCUCUGAUUAGCCGAGUGUCGAUCAUCUGUACGGUUUUCCUUUUUUUUUUCUUUUUUUUUGGGACUUCUCAGUAUUAGUUUUUCGAUGUAUGUAUGUAUCUGUCAGUGCUUUCCCGAGCAGACAUGGUGCUUCAGAAAUUUGGGUCGGGCAAAAGGUGUUUUCGUGAUUGGCACCCGUUUUCAUCAUCUACUUGAGAAAACGCCAGAAGCUUCCAAUUAUCUACUCGCUCGUAGGCAGGAAAUGUGACUCGCAUUUUUUUUGGCACACGUCUCAACCGCAUCCCACCAUCUUACAUUCCCUUUACACGAGCAGCCUAUUUACAAAAUCACAACAACAACAAGGACGAAAAAUUACAUGAAUUCAUUUCCAAGAGUUAUAAUUUUUUUUUUUUAAGAAAAUUGAAAGAAAUCAAAAUGUUGUCCUUUUAUCAAACAUCCGAAUUUAUAAAUAUUCCUCACACUUAUGCUAGGAGUGUUAAUAACCACAUCCCUAUACACGUCCUCUCCUCUUCUCUCUUGGUUUUUUUGUUGGUUUUUUGUUAGUAAUACUAACAACACAACCACCCCAAGAUGAUUCAUCCCCUCUCUGAAUGAUAAUCGCAGCGGUCCCGAUGUUGAGUUAUGACUGGGAUGUUCAAAUAAAUCACCGCUCUUAUAUUUUUGCCCUCUGUGCCAGCUACAAAAAUGAGUCUAGAAAUUGCAUUCGCCCGCCUCCGUUAUCGAGGGGAUGAAAAGAGGUUAUUUUUUAAAAGAAUAUACAUACGAGCGUAAGCUGGCUUCUGAGGCAACGGGUAAAUAUUUGUGGUUUAGGCGCACAGAGUUCACCUGCAAUAUUCCCGUGCUUUUGUCAGUGAUAUACUGUAAAAAUAAAGGUGAUGCUAACUCAUGUUGUACAAAAAAAAAAAAAAAAAAAACAACACAAAAAAAACACGUGGUUUUAUGAAACAGUGCGUUGUCGCCAGUGGUUUUUUCGGAAGACUAGACGAUGUCCAUGUACUACUUUGCUUUGUGAUAUUUUGUACUGAAUAUUUAUAUAAAACAUAACACGACUAAAUAUAUUCUCAAUCAAAAAUCCGUACAUCCGUACAUGUUGUUGUUUUAAAUGUGUGGAGUAAAAAAAAAAAAAACAGCUCGUAUGAUGUACAGAUUUCCUCUUAUUACAAUAAAUGUUCUCUUUUACAGAAAAUAA